AUGGACGACACAUCACUUCAACAUCACUUUCUUGAAGGCAAAACCAUCAUCAUCGCUGGCGGUGGUGUUUCUGGAUCAGCAUUCGCUGUUGGACUACGCAAACUAUGGAAUCCCCAGUUCAAAGCGCCCAAGAUCAUCAUCUACGACCGCGACUCACCAGACGUCGCCGCUCAACGUGAAGGCUACACAUUAUCUCUUACCGGAUACGACACUUCUGGAGGUCUCAUUGCCCUGAAGAAGCUGGGUUUACUUGACCAGGUUGUAGGCAAUGCUGUUUCUGGCCUCAAUGGAGAGGGUGCUUUCAAGAUCUGGGGGCCCAAUUGGCAUGAACACGCAAGCUUCCGCCACGAGCCAAUUGAAGAGCUACCAUCUUCCAGCGUUAGAAUAGCACGCAAGGAUCUUCGGAAGGUCCUACACGAUAACCUCCGACCGGAAGACUCGGUCCAGUGGGACUCACGCUGCAUCUCAGCCAGGCAAACGGACCAAGGACGAGUGCGAGUUCAUGUCGCGAGUGGACAUCCAGGACACGAAACAAUCACCAAGGAAGAUUGCGAUCUACUUAUCGCCGCUGAUGGAGCGAACAGCAAACUCCGAGGAUACCUUCGACCAAAUGACAACCUCGAAUUUGCCGGUGCAAUUCUCCGAGGUGGCAUUGCUCGAUUUGAAGGAACGCCUCCUGUGCCCAUCGACAAAGACUGGGGUUUUAUACUUUCAGGAACCGGCGUUUCUUGCUUCUUUUCUCCAGUCGACAGGAACAGCGUUGUCUGGGGAUUAGAUCUCAAGAACGACAAAAUGGUACAAGAAGUGAUCGAUCGCAGUCUCGAUCUUGGGAAUAAGUUCCAGGACCCUUUCAGAGCCAUUGUGGAAAGGACGGAUACAAAGACCGUGUUUGCUAUUAACGCAAAAGACAAGAAGGCUUUCACUCAUGACGAUGUUGACAGAAUGGGUGUUGUUUUCAUUGGUGAUGCUAACCAUGCUGUGACACCUUUUGCUGGCUGCGGAGCGAACCUGGCGUUAUGUGAUGCGUGGGAUUUGGCAGAGGCGUUAUGCAUGAGCAGUUCUCAGAACCACGAGCGAGAGGGAUUCUAG